AUGCGAAUUUCGAUGCUCUGCCUGUUUUUGGCUGUUUUUCAAGUGGUCGGGGCAACCUGCCCCUGCGAUGGAAUAACUCUCGAUGGAAGUGAUCAGGAGCAUUGUUGGCUAGUUUUACCAAGGGAAGGACGUUCAUGGAGUGCGGGUGAUGAUUCGUGUGUUGCUGUUGGAGGACAUCUUGGACACCCAAUGGAUGAUAACUAUGGAACGAUUGUCAGUUAUGCACAGAAGGAAUCAAGCUUGCCGGUGCUGACAGGAAUUGUGGCUAGUAAUGAUGGUGUCUCGAUUGCUGGAGCUUUGUGCCAGAACAAUGGGUUUUGGGAAGUGAUUUCCAAUACAACAAGAAUUUUUACAAAUCAAUCAAACCUAACUGCAACAUGUACUUACAUCAAACCGUCAACCAACGGAAUUGUAUUCGACGAGUGUGGAAUUGAAUCGAAUGUUCUUUGUGACCGACCAUUGGAAAAACAGGACUACUGUAGCAUAAUGGCCAACUGCUCUUCCACGACCACUCUGUUGUCCACAACUACUGCAAUGUCUUCUACAACCUCUAACCUCUCAUCAACGUCACCAACCACGCAGUUAUCUUCGUCAUCGUCCACUGCAGGUGGAAUUGCAUCUCUUUCUACCACAAAAGUUGGACAAUUGACUUCGACCGUGACUGAUGCAGGGAGUGGAAAUGGAAACGGAGGAUCGGUGACAACAUCGGCUUCGACUUCUACAACUUGCAAAUGUACUGGUAGUGAUGUAACUACAACGACCACCACUGCGGCUCCAGCUGGCUCCUGUCCCCAACAAACGGGAUGUCUGAAACAUCAAUGGAAGAUUUUCGGAAUGUGUGUGGAUUGGAGAGCCAUGUUGGCGUUGCUGGCUAUCGGACUACUUCUGUUCUUGUGUUGUUGUAUCUGCCAUUGUUGUAUGCAUGCCUGUAUGUUCUGUACACCAGCGAGAAAAGAGAAAGUCAAUCGAAAUACUGUCGUCGCACCGGUUCCUGUUUUGUUGCCACAGAAGGUUGACUACGAUGUUGAAAAGUCGGAAACUGUCGUUCUCCCGCCACCGGCUAUACAGCCGGAGCCAGUUUACAUCACCGUACCGGAGAAGCACGAGUCGGUCUACGGAUUCCACACCAAGGAAAUCAUCCAUGUUAUGCCUGAAAGACCGCAUACCAAGGAUGUAGCAACCAUGACUGAUAUUCUUGAUAACGAGCUGCCAACAUUCAUGCCUGUUCCUACUACAGCACCAUUGAUGAAGCGUAAGAAAGCUGUGAAGAAACCGAAGAAGAUGUUCAUCCCUGCCACCGCUGACCCAAUGAACAGUAUUGAAGAGGACAUUGCUGCUGAGAUCCCGAUCGACAUUCCUGAUAGCCCAGGAGCCCGUUCAGUUGCCCCACUUGGUGACGUUGUAGACCCCGUUCCAAUAGUUCCUCUCAAUUUCGCUCGUAAUCCAAAGCCAAUGAUGCCAGAGCCAAAAUCCCAUGAUGACAUUCCGUUGCCAGGCCAAAGUUCCAUUGCCCUUCCACCACAACAACAGAAGCCGAACAUGUCUUCCGAUAAUGGCGAAUUCGAUCCUUCUGGAUUAAGAUCACCACCAAUUCCGGCAAAUGCGAAACCAAACGAUGCUGCUCCGAAAAGAAUGACAUUCUCUCCAAUUGCUGAUGAGUCUGAAGAAGAGACCGGCGCCCGUAUUCCGUCACCACCUCGUGAGCCAAAGGCGUCCGGAGGAAGAUCAGGAAACAAUGGCAACAACAAUGGAUCUGGUCUCUCGCCGAAUUCUGCACCGGAAAACCGCCCAACCUUGAAAAAUCAACGUCUUAACGAAAUGCCAUCUCCGACUCCGGCGGGAAAUCCACCUGCUCCAGCCAAAUCACCGUCUUCUAGUAAUGGAGGCUCCAGUAAUCCGUUUGCCAAUCUUGGGGGCGCUUCGCCAGCUCAAGAAGACAAUGGAGGACGUGCUCCAGGGGACGAUGUUGGAAUGAGAGCUGCAAGAGGACGACUUGGAGGGGCUGUCCGUGGCGGUGGUGGCGGAGGAGAAGCUCCAAGUGGCUGGAAGCCUUGGGCAAAAGGUGGAGCUCGUCGUUAA